GGGGGGGGGCGAUGGUUGGUCGGAUGCUCGCGAGAAGACAGAUGCUGAUGCUGCCACCAUCGGAGAGAGAUUCACAUUCACACUGAGACUGAGAUGUGAGCGAGCCCGACGAGAUGGAGACCUUCAUCCAUCUUUACCUCAAUCUGAGCGAUCUCGGGAGUCAAGCCAAGAUGUGACCGUCACGACGCGUCAUAGUUUGGAUCUGUCCUGCCUUUACAACACUAGUUUCUAUAGCAACAGCAAUAUAAGAGUAUCCUAAAAAGCCACAUUCCCACAAUGCAGUCCUCUAGCUGCUCCUCUCAGCCUCCGAAGCCGCGGCGCUUUGACAUCAGCAGGCGGACCAAUACCGUAGCUGGACCAAAGCCUCACGGCGCUGGUUUCCAGAGGGAGGAUAAAAACAUGAACACGAUCACCACGUCCUCCCCGCGCCGGGCUACUAAAGGCCCCGCUGCACCCAUCAGGACCAGGGUGGGAGUGCAGCCUCGGCCACCAGUGACCCAGUCCAGGUUUGGGUCACAAAAACAGGGAUCAACCAUCUCCAAAUUAGCCAAGCCCAAACCUAAGGCUGCUCGUGCGUCUGCGGCGACUAAAAUUGCACCAGCAGCCGCUCCGCCUCCGCUCCCCUCCGUUCUCCCUCUUGACCCGAACUGCAACGAGCCGAGCCUCCCGUGUCUGUGCUGCGACGGCCGUUCCCCGCAGGACAACAAUAGCAUGUUCAACCAUAACCACAACAACAACAACACCAUCUCUAUCAGACAGCAACUGCAGCUACCGCCUCCUCCGGCCCCGUUGCCCCAGAGGCAGGAUGGGAAAGGGGCCAAGGAGCAGCCUCAGCCUCCCUCCCAAGCACAGGCCAAGUUGGAGGCCUCCGCCCGCCCUGCUGCCAGUCUGGAAAAUGAAGGCAAGAAUGCUGACGCAAGCGCUGAUCUGGACAACAAGAAAAAUGUAAAAGUAGAGGAAGACGACGACGAGGAAGAGAGCAGCGGGGAUAUUGAUAUUGAUGAUGAUGAAGAGGCUGACAAUGAUGACGAUGACGAUGAUGAUGAUGACGACACCCUGGUCCCCUCGUGCUGUGACUGCCCCCCCUCUCUCCUGGAGUUCUCGCUCUCCUCCUCUACCUCCUCGUCCUCCACUUCCAUCAGCUCCUGCUCUGAUCUGGAGUCUGACUGUGCAGAUCAAUCCGCCUCCAUCUGCUCUUCUCACGACCACGAUAAUCUGUCCGUCGCUCUGGCUCCCAAAGACCGCUCUCUCCCUGAAUGCCAGCCUCCUGUGCGUUCACCCCCGUCCCAUCCACCGCCAUCCCUUCCUCUUAGCCGCAACCCCUUCAUGUUAACAUCACAUUCCUCCCCUUGCUCCCCAGAUGAGGGCUACCCCUCCGCCCUGGACUCCCCUUCUCCUGACUACCUAGGACUCAAAGAUGAUUCUGAGGUCACCAAACUAGGUUUACUUGACUUCCUAGAAUCAGUCGGGGAGUUCGGGAAAAUGGAGCGCUUCAGCCAGGUGAUCCAAGUGGCUCGUUGGGAUCUGGAGGGCGAGCAACACUGGGAUGUUCUGAGGGAUCGGCUAGAUCACCUGGAUCGCUUGGAGAAGGUGAACAGAGAAGUGAAACUUGCCUACAUUGCCAGACUCCAUGAGAAGGGGUUUGAUCUCGGAGAUCUGGAAGAGCAGGAUCUCUCAGACGUCAUGGAUGAAAUGGGCAACAUUGACAUUCCCUGGAAGUUGUAUAAAAGCGGCAGAGGAGCGCUGGGAGACUCUCAGGAGUUUUCAGAUGCAGGGGUCGACCUCACCGCUCCAUCAGACUGUGAGGAUCACCUCGCUCCUGAUUCCCUCACUCCUUCUCCUGUCGGGCCGCCACCCAGACCCCCCAAACCUCCAGCGCGGCACGCCAGCGUGAGCUCUGACCUCCACACCUACAUCAAUAUCAGCAGGGAGACCACCUCCAUGGCCGUCUCCACCUCUCCUACAUUGUCUACUUUCUCCCCUAACUCCUCGUCCCCCACUUUCACCACUUUUAGGUGUGAGAAACCCCUACCUCCUUCUCCACCCUCCAUUCCCCCUCUUCCCACCUCUAAACCAGUCCCUUACCUCACCCUCUACACCACCCCUUCUCCACCUCCAUCUCUCCCCACCCCAACUCCUCCCAUCCCUCCCCCUCGGAAGCGUCACCUCGCCAGGAAGGAGGCCCAGCGGCUCGCCGCUCUUCAAGCCAAUCACGAAAAGACCCCCCUUUCCCUUCCUCCUCCUACCAUGCGUCCCCCACCUCUGCCUCCUCCGCCAGUUAUCUCCAUCUCCUCCUCAUCUCCCCCUGCCAUACCACCUCCACCUGCCCUGCCUCCUCCCCCCUCCUUCCAUGCACUGGAUGUAGAGAUUCGAAAGCUACUGAUGCUCGCUGGAUUGACCCAAGCUGAGCUCCUCAAACUCAGCCCAGAGCUUGGUGUUUGUGUUGGAGGGUUAGAGGAUGAAGGAGAUAGAGAUCAUGUCAUCUCGUCCAGGUCUGGGGAGCUACAUGAGUUCAGACUGAAAGAGAGGGAGGAGGAGAAGGAGUGUGAUGCCGGGAUGAUGGCCAGAGACGAAUGGAGCAGCAGAGGUAAGAUGGUUGGAGAACGAAGAGCUGAUGGAGGCCAAACAAAAGAGGAGAGCACACAAAGAACCACCUCGUUCACUGAGAUGGCGAGGAGGAGGAAGAGGGGCAGCGGUCUGACCUCUGACCUUUACUACAGCACUGGUUUUAGCAAUACACAUGAAACUAAAGAAAAGAACAUGAGCUUUGAGUCUUACCGGUAUCCUGCCGAGGUACUAGAUUCACCUCCCCCUCCUCCUCCUCCUCGCCCCUUACCCCCAAUCCCCCCAUCUGUGCCACACCAUAAAGUUAGCACUCUCGUGGCUAACUCCGCACAGCCUGACCGCUUCGAUUGGCUCAUAGCUUUCACACCUGAGUGUGAAGCCGCACUACAGCCUCCACCACUGGCAAUGAGAAAAUCUCAAGUGGAAACUCAGAAGAAGCUCAGCUCUUCAGGGUCAUCUCCAGCUCCAAACGUCACGACUUUUAAAGAGCUGCGUUACCGCAGCAAGAACGGCGUCCCCACAACGAAGGUGAUCACCGAUCCAGACCCCGACCCGAAUGUUAUUACGCCAGACGCAGAUAUUCUGUACAACCUGAGGUGGAGGAGAGAGAUGGCGGGCGGUGACGGCAACGAAUGGGAGUACACCUCUCAGGCUCAGGCCUUCUUCAUGCAGCCGCCGCCGGCCCUCACCUCGAUGGCCGCUCUGAAGGAAAUGCUCCAGAGAGCUGACGAGGAGGGGAGACAACCGGAGCUGUGCCCAUCACAGAAGAUUGGCUGCUCGGUCAGUGACAGCAGCCUGUGGACCAUGGGCAGAGAGUGGGAGGGUGAAGAAGUUAAGAGGGUGGAGAAGGAUGAGAAAGAAGAAGAGGAGGAGGUGGAGGUGGAGGUGGAGGUGAGAGGACGAGCCGAUGGUGGAAGGACUCUUGAAUCAAGAACUACAGUCUCCUCCCCCCCGCUGUCCCUCGCCCAGUCCUCCCAACCCUACUUCCUCCACGCUGCCCUCCCUCCCUAUCGCCCCGGCUUCUGUAACUCCCAGCCCUUUGCAGAUCCCAGACCCCUCAGCCAUGCAGGCAGGGAGUCCACAGACACACGCUGUAAUAACACACGGUGGGCCACCGCUGCUCCCAGCGCAGCUCGCAUCCACAGAGAUGAGUCCAGCGCUGAUAUAAACUCUAGCUUUAACUAUGAAUCUCUGGAUGAUUUCGAUGUAGACUCUCCUUGUGAUUAUGGGGAUAUCUUUAACACAUGCAGAGACUUUGACUCUAUCUGUAAUUUUGACUCUCUGUACUGCAGUGACUCUAAGUCAGACACACCUGUUGAGGCUCCAAGUUGCACCACUCCAUAUAAGAACAUUGAUGUCAUGAUGACGUAUUCAAACAGCAUCAGCGCUUUAGAUUCGAUGUAUUCAGAAAAACGCUCACACGCAGACCACAACAGGACAUCUAAAGAGCUUCCUCCUCUCCCUUCAUAUUACCUUUACCACCCGAAAAACUGCCCUCUGCACAGGGGUGCCCCUCCUCGCCUCUCGCCUAUCGGCGCCCUCGCCCCACCCGAGCGCUCUGGGGCAACCCCGCCAGGUGCAGCAGGCUACUGCCUCAACUCCCCGCUUUUCCCCCGCUCUCACACCUUGCCUGCCCUCGCUGCUCCUCUCUACUACCCAAACCUCUACCCUCCUAUACCGCCUAGGGCGCCCCCCCUACCCCCAAAACUCUACCAGGCUCCUCCGCAGUCACGCGUGGCGACUGUUCGCAGUGUCUCAUUCGCUGGCUCUGUACAGAGGACAGAGACGUCCUGGAUGGGCGAAGAUGUGAAGCAUCCAAUGAGAGGCCUUGGCCUGUCCUCUCUGUGCCUGCAGGAAAAAAAAGCUCUGGUCAGUGCGGUCAGCGUGGCAGUGGAAGCCAUCUUGGCCCAGUUCAGCUCUUCUCGGACUGUCGUUCAGAAGUCUCUCUCAGUUAACAAGGCCUUAUCAGGAGACAGCACUAUAAAUCCAUCUCUGGGCCGUCUGGUGCUGCAGUGUCUCUGCCCAGCCCUGCACAGCUUGCUGACCGAUGGCUUGAAGCCUCACCAGAGUGACCUGAUUGCAGGCAGGAGGCCAAAUUCCGCCUGGGGUCUGGUCCAGGCCUCCACCAGGCCAGGUCCUAAAACUCAAGCGUUGUUCAACCUACAAGUUCGUGUUGGAGAGCUGCCUCAGCUCAGACAGAGCAAACACAGGUUCAACGCUUUCCUCUUCGGCCUGCUGAAUACCAAGCUUCUUGAUUUCUGGCUGUCUCACCUUCAGUCUUGCAGUGAUGUGCUGGAGACAUAUCACCGCCCCGCCUCCUUCAUGCGUCUGUCGCUGACCGCCUGCCAGCCUCUGUUCGAGGAGCUGCUCCUCGUGUUGCAGCCUCUAAGCCUGCUGACCUUCAACCUCGACCUGCUCUUCCAGCACCACCAUUUAGAGCCGGACAGUCACACACCGGAGAUCCCCAGUCCACCUUGUCAGGACGCAGUUACAACAGAGGGGUCCCAAUCCAAAAUCACAGGCUGUAAAUAUAUUGAAAGCCUCUCAGAGGUAGACUUUGGAAGCCCAGAGCAUCGGGCGGCCAAAGAAAAAUCGCCAAAGAACGGAGGAGCAUGGGAAUCAACACAAAGCAGUGCUGCACCCAUAAAAGCACCGGUCACUAUUGGGCAGACGAGUCCUCAGCUGUUGUGGGUGCAGGAGAAGGAAAUUGGAGACUUGCCUCUUCAUGAUGUUGAGGAGGACAGCCUCGCUCAGCAGGCAGGACAGGUGAUCCAGCACGGAUGGGGGGCUGUGAUGCGCUGGGGAGGCAGACUGAGCCAGAAUCUGUCUGAGAGGAGCCUGAAAAAGGAGGAGAUGAAGACGGACCUCCAGGCAACAGCGGGGAGCGAGUUCACUCCGGUCAGCAGCAGUGUUCAGGUUCCCUGGGGUAUGGGGCGGCUCUUUGGAGCCUCUAAAAGCCUCAGCAGCCCACCAGGUCACACACCGCCAACCAGGCGUCCCUCUCAGUGGCUGUCUCCUGGUGUCACCGCACUGUCACGAAUGGUGAGCAGCAACUCCACCCCGAUAAUACAGAGGGCCCCGGAGCCCCAGGGAGGAAGUGAGCCCGAGGCAGAGAAAGAGGUUGACGCAAUGGAGAUGAAGGACAAACCCAGACCACUCAGGUCCAUACGAACGCUGUGCGACCACUCGGGAACAGGUUCGGAGCUCACCUUCUGCAAAGGGGAGGAACUGGUGGUGUUAGGAGGAGUCGAUCAGGACUGGAUUCGCUGUCGUCAGGGAGACAAAGAGGGACUGGUACCUAUUGGCUACACCUCUCUCAUCAUGUGACUUCGGCACCAUAACUGCUGCACUCAAUCAAUAAAAAAAACAAAAUAAAAAUCUAUAUAUAUUUUAGGCGAGUGUUGAGAGGUUAUGGCGGGGCUCCACUACUCUGAAAGGGAUAUUUCACGCUUGCUCUGUUCGAGUUUGAGUUGAGCGCAUAGCACCAUCUGUUCUGCUUUACGUGCAUCAGGAGCAGUCUGCAGCCCGCUCCCUUUAUGAACAUAUGGGAGUUUUUUCCCCCCCAUUCACAAUCCAUCCAGUUUGGUAGCAUUAAACUAAUGGAUGUUAGCAGCAGGAAUGCAGCAGAUGCUGUGAAAUAACGACUCAAGUCAAAUUUCAUACUGGAAGACCUUUGAUCUCGUAGUGAAGUAUCCCUUUAAAAUGUUCUUUCCUCAAUUUCUGCCUUCCUCGUCAGCCGCUGGUCUGAAAACGAUCACAGGGGAAAUUCUGUGCUAUCAACCAUUUGAGUGCUUUCAGAUCAGAGGCCAUGAGGAGGCGACAGCCUGGUAGUAGCCGCGUUGAUAUCUCUAGCUGUAGUCAGCUGUAGAGAGCCGCGGCUCGCAGGUUGUCGAGUGGAGGAAGCACGUGAGAGUACUGGGCCGUAGCUCCUGUUGCAUACUGCGUAGUAAUGUAGUGAACUGUAGCUGUGUAGAUCUGUGUUUUAUUGACCUUUAACCCCUAUCGACCUCUCACCUUUAUCGCCUGGUUCAUGUGUGUUUGUUUCUGCUACUAUAUUUGACUGUAUAAAUAUACAUACAAAAUAUAUAUAUAAGUAUAUAAAUUGAGAUUGAUAUUACCAAGAUAGAUAGAAAGAUAGAUGAACAAGAGAAAGCAGAUAGUAAAACACAAGCAGCAGCUUAAUACUGUGGCCACACUGAGGAAGUGGAUGAUUAAAAAAUGAAUUCUUUACAUCUGCAACUUUACACACACAUCAAGCGGUUGUCAUACAUGCAAAAAAAAUAUGUGUUUGUUUUAAAUCCAGUAUCUUCCCUCCUGUUUGCUUCAUGUAUUGCUAUGGUCCUGACAUCAUGUUCAUAACAUUAUUAGAUUUAGCCUCAUACCUUAAAACACUGUAUGCAUUGUAAUGUGCCAUGAAUGCUUUGAAUGAAUGCCAGAAAAUAUCUAUCUAUCCAUCCCACACGAGAUAAUAUCAGACAACAGCAAUCUGUAGCUAAUCGCGUCCAAAACCUCACGGUGCCAACAUGUGUCGGAGUCAAACACCUCACCAAACUAUGCUCAGCUCUUGUUCAACACUAUCUGACCUUAAAUUUUAAUGAAGUGAGAAGAUCCCAGAUGUAUGUAACUCAUAAAUGCUACAGCAAAGUCUGUAGGUUUGGUGGCUGAAUUUCACCUCGUACCUCAGUGUUUGUAUUUAUCUUAACUGGGGCUGACCCGAAUGUUUCGAAGCUUCGACUGUUGCCAUGGUGAUCGACCUACAAAUCAGUUUGAAUGCUUCGUUUUCUUUUUUUUAAGUAUGUAUAAAUCCCCAAAUAGCCCAUGAAAUAAGGAAUAAUUCGACAACAUCAUUCAUUAUUCAUAUUCAACAUUAGUUAUUAUUAGUUAUUGUAGAGGUGCGUGUGUCGAAUAUCUUUGAAUAUUUCUCACCGAAGCUUCGAAGCCCAAAAAAUUAUAUUCGGGACAGCCCUACUCUUAACCCCUUCCCGCCAUGUUUGCUCAUCAUGAUCAUUGAUAUUAAUGAUAGUGGUAGUAGAAUUGGUUGUGGUGGAAGUGAUAUGUUACUGUUGAACCACAUUGCUUUAUGUCAUAUAUUUAUUCAAUAGUUUCUGUAUUGAUUACUAUGCAUAUGGUUAAAUGUACAACUAAAAAGCCUUUUUGUUUGUUUUAAAGUCACGGUUUUGAUUUGAUGUUGACACCUGAAGCCUAAAACAACAGCUUAAAUAGAUAAAAGAGCCAGAUUUGAACUUGUCAGGAAAGGCUGACACUAAAGGACCUCCGUUUAAUUCAGCAGGAAUUCAUUGCUAUUGAUCAAUCAGGGAAAGUUUCCUCGUGUUAUUGUGUCAAUGCCAUGUAGCAUGACAUCACCGUCACUAUGGCAACUGUCCAGUAGCGAUAACCAGUGCUCAUAACUUGUAACUUAUGAGCACAAUAAGAUGCCAUAAAAUGGAUAGGUGUUUACGAGAAACAAUGUCUAGAUAAAGAUAAAAUAUCGGUUGACACGUUUAUAUUUUUUUGUUUUUUUUAUUUGUGAGAUUCUGGUCUAAAUGCAUUUGUUAAUUUAUUGGAUGUACUAUUUAUUGAUCUGGAGGUUUCUGAAAAGAAAAGCUCUAUCUGACCCAUCUAGUGUCUCUCUAUCUAUCUGGGUUCUUUAUGUGAGUGUGUGUGUGCGUGUGAGCGUGCACAUGGCAGUGUGUGUGGCAAUGAAAGCAGAGAUGAGUGUGAGCACAUCCUGCACUUUCACUUGUGUGUGCGUGUGUGUGUGUAUGUGUGUGUGUGUGUGUGUAAGUGUAACAAUGAGAUCUGUACCUCCCUCCUCCUCCUCUUCCUCCUCUUUCUCUCUCUGGUGUCAUGUAGCCUGUAGACAUCCCUGUGUCCUACUAUUACUGCAUAUAGUUCAGUGCCCCUCUAGUGUCAGUCACUGUCCACCUCCUGCAUGUGCUUGUUUGUAAAUACACCAAAUAAAAUGAUCAGUAUAAACCAAG